AGUGGCGUCAAGUCAGACCUCUUUGCUUACUUUCCGCCAUGGCUCUGCAACCGUCCCUUCGACCUCUCAUCAUCGCUGGUCGCCCUGAUGCACCUCACACCUUGGAUAUCUUCUUGGACUAUGUUUGUCCCUUCAGCGCUAAAAUGGCCUUGACCAUAGACACCGUCCUCAGGCCUUUGUUCGGACCUGGCGGGAAAUACGAUGGCAAAGUGAAAGCCAUCUUUCGUCUCCAAGUCCAACCGUGGCAUGGCUGCUCUACAUUUACCCACGAGGCUGGGUUAGCGAUCGCGCGCGCAUCUCCGGAAUCAUUCUGGACAUUUUCUCUCGCGCUCUUCAAACAUCAAGGCGAAUACUUUGACAUUCCGACUUCCACCCUCACUCCGCUUCAAAUUCGCGAAAACCUCGCCAAGCUUGCGGCUGAAGUCACCCAAUCAAAGAGCGUCACGGACGAAUUCAAAGACUUGCUCUCGCUCAAGUCAAGCCCGAACGGAGGCGUUGCUGUAACCGAUGAUUUGAAGUACACUAUCAAAUUCUCGAGGCAAAAUAGUAUUCACGUCUCUCCCACUGUCCUUUGGGAUGGUCUCGUUGCAGGCGAAAUCUCCAGCAGUUGGGGAGAGAAGGAGUGGACCGAAUUUCUGGCGGCAAAAGUAAAGGUUUGA